UUUCCCCACAGGAAGAAUUAAGUAAUUGGCCAAUACUUUAAAUGAAAGCUUUGGCUGUCAGAUCUUUUAAAUUUUAUCAUUGUAUGCAAAACUUAAAGGCUUCCUUUCAUUUUUUUGACAGAAUAGAAUUAUGUUGGGUUAAAGAUGAGUGGCACAUGAAUAUUUUAAAUUGACCUUUAGACAGGUGCAAUUUAAACACUGACUUCAAAAGAAUCACUUUAAAGAAUGUCUGCCUUUAUUCUUCAAACAGAUCUGUCUGCAGCUGGUAAGUUGAUGACUGCCUGGUACAGAAUCACAAGGGAUCUCAAGUGGGUGGAUUGCCUAGCAAUCAUUGCUACAAACAAAUUGAAGCGUUUCUGUAACAUUAAAUACAUCUAAAUUGUAAGAGCUUAUACAUCACUCCUAGCAUUUGAUUUUUUUAAAGUUUACAUUUGUGUGAAGAAGGCAGUCUGCUUGAAUAUGCAAAUUAUGUGUGCUAAGCGCUUUAAGACUAUAUUAGUUUUUGUUUUCCUCUAAAAACAAUUGAGUUACGUUAUGUUAGAAUAGUUUAUAACAUUGGUCCGUAAUUUAUUUUCUCAUACUUUUUUUGACUCCAAUGAAUUAUCCCCAAUCGUUUGUGGAUGUGGCAUUUAACGAAUAUCUGUUAUCGCGAUACUUGGGGAAAAAAACGUGGGAUUUUGGAAAUCAAGGGUUGUGGCUAAGGGGUAGGUGUCAACUCAAACCGCUAGCGACUGUGUACGAAUCUUUGGGAGAAGUUACAGGAACUCCUUAAUAUGAGUGAUGACAAACCCUUCCAAUGCACUGCUCCUGGGUGUGGACAGAGAUUCACAAAUGAAGAUCACUUGGCAGUCCACAAACACAAACACGAGAUGACACUGAAGUUUGGCCCAGCAAGAAAUGACAACAUUAUUAUUGCUGACCAAACUCCUACACCUACUCGCUUUUUGAAGAACUGCGAGGAAGUUGGGCUCUUCAUUGAACUCGCAAGUCCCUUUGAUCAUGACUUCAAAAAAGCAGCUGAAGAUGACACGAAAAAGUUACCCCUGGAUUUGUCACCUCUUGCUACACCUGUCAUACGCAACAAAAUCGAGGAACCAACGACUAUAGAGACACAUAGAAAUAGUCCUCUGCCCCACCCUGAGUCGACUACAAAUGAUGACAAGGAUUUAUCUUUGCAGCCAGCCUCACUGCCAACAUCCACUAUAGUCCAUCCUGCGUCCCUCCAAGUCCCCAAUGUACUUCUAGCCACCACAGAGGCUAAUGUUGUAAUACAGCAGGCUCUCCCAUCGCCAACAUCUAGCUCUGUUAUUUCCCAAGUCCCACCCACUAAUAGACCUAUAGUCCCGAUUUCUGGCACCUUUCCUGUGCUUUUACAGCUCCCUAAUGGCCAGACCAUGCCAGUCGCUAUACCUGCAUCUAUUACAAGCGCAAGUGUACAUAUUCCAGCUACAAUCCCACUUGUCAGACCUGUCACCGUAGUGCCUACCGUCCCUGGAAUCCCCGGACCGCCGUCGCCGCAACCUCAGCCCGUCCAAUCAGAAGCAAAGCUGAAACUGAAAGCCACAUUAAGCCAGCAGCUUCCUCAGGUAACCAACGAAGAUGGUGAAGUCCAAAGCAGCGCUGUAACUCACACUGCUAAUCCCGCUUCUCCGACCCCGACCCCCUCUCCAGCUGCGAUCCUAACUCCGGCUCCUCAAUUGCCUACUACUGAGGAAACGUCCACACAUUCCCUUCAGCAGCCAGCCACCUCCACCACAGAGACGCCUGCUUCCCCGGUGCCCCCAGCUCAAAACCCACCAAGCACAGGUGGUCGGCGGCGAAGAACCACAAGUGAAGACCCGGAUGAGAAAAGACGCAAGUUCCUGGAGCGUAACAGGGCUGCAGCUUCUCGCUGUCGACAGAAAAGAAAAGUGUGGGUCCAGUCUCUGGAGAAGAAGGCUGAGGACCUCAACACAAUGAAUGGGCAACUACAGAAUGAAGUCACCCUGCUGAGAAACGAAGUGGCUCAGCUGAAGCAGCUCCUUCUGGCUCAUAAAGAUUGCCCUGUAACCGCCAUGCAGAAGAAGUCUGGCUAUCACAUCUCCGACAAAGAUGAGAGCUGCGAGGAGAUGUCCAUCCCCAGCAGCCCCCAGAACGAGGCUAUCCAGCACAGCUCCGUCAGCACCUCCAAUGGGGUUAGCUCCUCCUCAGCUCCGGCCGUCUCCGCCCCAGCCAGUGCCGCUUCGGCUAACCCAAGCACAGAGGAGAGUCAGCCACGGAGGGGCGCUACCAAAUCCCAGUCCUCAGGGAGCUGAUCGUCCCAAACUGCAUCCACGCUGGAGCGCGGCGGUCUCUUCAGACAAGCAGAGGAAAUAGUUUCUCUCUCCGCUUCAGUUCAGAUUGUACACUUUUUCAUUCUCUCUUGAUUGCUUUGUAUUGCGUUUGGCCUGUUUAGUAAUUCAUAGGAAUGCUUUUAAACAUGCAACGUAUUCUCUGUAACUGCUGAAAACAGAAGAACAUGCACUUUAGGUGUUUUUGUAUUUGUUGAACUUGUUUAUUGAUCUUCUUUAUAUUUAUUGAUUGGAAAUCAGCCAAGUGAAGUGAUUGAGCAGUCAGUUGUUACCAAAGUGUGGUGUUGCUCUUUUUUUAAUGCUCUUGAACUUUACAAGCACUACCUUUAUGAUGAAGAUACUUUAAAGCAGCAAUCUGGAGUUUUCUCCCUUUCGAGGAAUUAUGUAUAAUUUUUUAGAAAUUAGUAAAAGUGGUAGUGUUACCUGGUACUGUGAUAUAAUUAGCAAUACUUUUUUUUCUUUUCUUUUUUGGGCUCAGAUUGCCUCCAUCCCAUAGAGCCCCGUGCAGUUUGAAUUGAGCACUUCUCAGCAUUAGCAUUAGCCAGUAGUGUUAGACAUCCCCUGGUGGUGAUGAGCUACAAUAUAGCCACAGCUGUAAUGGCUGACGGAAGCAAGGCUGCCAAACACAGGUGCCACUGGUCCCUAACAACCACCACCAGCAGGCAAGGUAACUUGUCUUGCUCAAGGACACAACCACUGUGACGGACUGAGUGGGACUCGUUCCCACAACCCUCCAGUUACGAGGCGGCCACGUAACUCCUCUACCACCGUCGUCCUAAUUGUAAAACAAUGUUUUAGCUACGUCUGUCGGCCAGAGGUGCACUUUCACACACGAGGGGCGUUGCUUCCAGCCAUGAUCACAGAAGCAGGGAAAAGGGCUCAUAGGUGUAAUACCGUUUUUCCACCUCUAGAUGGUGCCCUCUGAGGAAAAACUCUGGAUUUUUGCUUUAAGUAAAUUUGCUUUGACCAUUUUCCACAUAUCUGAGAGGAGAUGGGUUUACUUUUUGGAGAGGUGGCGAGACACUGGCAGCUUUAUUAAGAAGUUGGUCUAAAUUCUGGACACAAAACCGGAGUUUUAAUUUGACGAGUGUUUAUGAAAACAAGAUCAGCUGUCGUUGGGGAAUGUUUGAGCUCGCCUCUGCAUGUAAAAUAGCGUCACACCGGUGAGCCGGCUGGAUUUGCGUCUUUCAUUAACACUCCACCUGUAGUCUGAUUGUCCCUGAAGCAGUGAUUGUAGGAUCGCAGUACUUUUUUGUUUAUUACUCCGUCAUGGUGACGUUGACUUUACUCAGUGCCAUUAACGUUUUUGUAUAAAUUACCUCUGUGCAUUAAAAAAAAUAAGAAUAACCUGAGUUUAUUGCUGUUCUCUCAGAUUUCUUCUGUUUACUGUGUUUGCUUCAUGCGUGUCUUCAGUAUCCGAUGCAGAACAUUUAGGGACAUUAGGUUGUUUUCAUGAUGGCAAUUCUAGAUGACAUUUUUAGUAAACAUUGUAAGAAAAACAAAGAACACAUCAAUAUUGAACUUGCCUGUGGUCAUUCUUGAUAUUAUGUACUUUGUUAUAUAAGAUUGUACACAUUUAGUAGAUGAACUCUCUUGAUCACAUCAAGUUUAAAGAAAAUGACCUUUAAUCUGAUUAGAAUGCAUCAGUAGAUUGUAAAAUGAAAAUAUUCUCAUGUGAACUGGAAUCGCAUCGUGUACUUUAGUUACACAAACUGAUUGUGAUUAUUUGUUCAUUAAUUAUGAGAAACAAAGCCCAGCUUUUAAAGUCAGUUUGCUUUUUCUCUUAGUCCCUACUGGCUUACUACUGUGUAGUUUUUACCAACACAUUGUUUUCUGAAAAUGGGAUUUUUAAAGUUUUACUGUUGUGCUUUCUGCAUGAGACAACGAUUCUCUACGAGAAUUUGACUUUGUUUAAUGACGCCUCAAACUAAGAAAAUAAUGGUCAAUUAAACAAGUUAUUACGACUUGAGUUGUGAUUUGUUUUACCCUGGCUUAAACUGCUUCAAAACCUGGGUGUGAUAUGGUGUUGACAGUGUUUAUGUCAUGUGAAAGUUCUGUAUAAAAUUUCAAUCGUUGCGUUGUUGUAAUAAACCUUUUAAUACCUCUUUAAACAUC